AUGAUAUCUGUCAAAAUUUCCGUGGCCUUGACAUUUGUGUUGUCAGUGCAAGUGUCAUGUUGGACAGUCGAUUUGGCGGCAAUGAACGAGUUGAAUUUGGAAACGGAAGUGACGGAUCAGAGUUCUGAAAAUCUAGGGAGGGAUUUGGAGGACGUCUACACAAGCAGCGAACUUGAAUAUCAAAGUUAUAUGGAGAAACGGAUACAUGGAGUUCUCAACAAUGGCAGUAUAUACUUGGACGGGCUGCGGAAAGCGAUGGCGCAUUAUCGAGAAAGUCUCGACAACUGUACCAAUGUACCUACCACAACCCAAUCAUCAACCUGGCUUCCAGAAAAUGAUCCAAAUGUACCAUCAGAACCUGACCUCUGCAGGAGUAUAAUGGCAGCGAGUGAUCAGGUCACUAAGUUGUCCGAAUUGGCGCUUUGGGCCACCAAUGAGCUGAGGGAACGGAAGUUUGCUGAUAAGGAUACAGCUCAGCAGGAGGAAGAGGAGCUUCUGAUGAAGCUUGCCUGGUUUUUGGAUCAACUGGCGCAGCUGACUGGCUAUAUGCCUGAUCCCAGCGAAUAUCAACCUAAUAGAUCCACUGAAUCGAGUACAAUGCAAAUGGAAGAAAUGACAUCAACUACAAUCCCAGAGACAACAAUCUCUCUAGAAAUUAUGCAAACUGUGGAAAAUGGUCCGCCAUUGUCGAAACGCGCGCCAAAACUUACUAAUAAUAUAAAAAAACGGUCAGUAGACAAUGAAAUGACGAACUUUGUUAAAAAUUACAUAAAAUACAAAGUGUGGAAUACUGAUAACUCUGACAUCAACAUAAAAUCCAACAGUUACGAAGUAAAAAACGAAAUUAAUACGAAAUCAAUACAAAAGCGUGAAGUUUUCGCAAAAAAGUCUAUACUACUGCGUCCACCAACGAAAAAAAGGAAUUUAAAAGCGAAAAAGAUUUACGUAGAAAAGCCUAAGCGCCAUUUUUUUCAAAAGCAACAUGGCGGCAUGGCUGUCAAAAUAAUACGGAAGGCGGUAAAACCAAGGUUGGCAAAGCGUUCGGUUUACUAUGAAAAUUACGGCAUAUCCAGAAUUCCCGAAGACCCAAUGCAGGAUAUAAGCUAUUACAUAAAAAAUAAACCCGGAACUAUGUACAGCCCCUCAGUGGUGCAAGUGGCCAAUGUUUAUGAUAGUUUAAUGAAACAUUAUAAUUUAGCGACGUUUGAAAUGAUUAAACGAUUUGGUUCCAACAUUACUCUAGGCAUGGACAAUUUGACUAACGGUGCUGUCAAAUCUAUGGCUGACGCUCAAUAA